CCUUGUGGGGACCUAAAAUCACAAGGAUAGUAAAAAAAUAAUUGUGGGGUCAUUUCCCAUGUCCAAAUGAGGACAAAGGCUAUUUUAAGUUUGGGGUUAGGGUAAGGGUUUAGGUUUAGAGUUAGGAGUAAGGUUUAGAGUUAGGGAAAAUAGAAGAACAUAAGGUGUGUAUGUGACUGUGUCCGUGUGUGUAUUCGACUGUAGUGUAUGUGACUGUGUGUGUGUGUGUUUGAUCAAGAACGUGCUCUGAGAAACGUGCUCUCAAACAAAACAGGUUCUGUACACAGGGUGGAAAUCGGAUCCAGUGAAAGACAUUGACAACCAAUAGGAAACGGAGAGCCUUCUUUUUCCACCGGAGGCCCCAGGAGGCAAAGCAAGCCGCGCGAAAGCAACACUAGAGCAGAGUGUGCGCAAGCUUCAGCCGGCAGAUUCAGCAGCGGGCUUCACGUCGCUGACUUCUGUUUCUUACUAAAUGUAGGCAGAAACCCGUGAAUGAAUGCGGCGCAUGUUAAUUAGGUGGUUGUUCUCAAAAUGUAUCGCCAACCUUGGCACAGCCUAUAGCUAGAAGUGGACCGUUUGUCAACAACCUUAUGCAUAGCCUACCUCUUUACAAAGGGUCGGACGGCACAUCUGCGGACAAUUCUGGCUAAUUGCUUAUCAAUUAAAGUAGAGCAUUAGCGUUGCAGAAUGGAUGGGAUUCAAGACCAACAAGUGCCUUAUAUUAAAUCCAAUAGGCCACAAGGGAAGACGUCUUACAGCGAGAGACCAGCAAAUGACAGAAAAAUAAAAUUCAUUAACUCUGACCUGGCCCUGGACACUGAAGAACUCUUCCAGGACCUCAGUCAACUGCAAGAGACCUGGCUGGCGGAAGCUCAAGUUCCCGACAAUGACGAGCAGUUUGUCCCAGACUUCCAGACUGAAAACUUGGCAUUCCACGGACUGCAGCUGAAGAUCAAGAAGGAGCCCCACAGCCCCUGCUCCGAGCUGGGCUCCACCUGUGGCCAGGAGCGGCCCUUCAAGCUCCACUAUGGGGAGAAGUGCCUGUACAACAUCAGUGCCUACCAGCAGCACAAACACCCCACAGGCAUGAAGCCCUCCAGCCCAGCGACGCCCCCCUGCAGCACCCCCGUGUCCCCCCUUCAUCAUGGCUCCCCCACGACAGUCCCGACCCCCAAACCAGACAGGACGUACCCCCACCUCCAGCCCUCCCAGCCCCUCCCGGACAGCGCCUACUCCAUGGACCACAGAUUUCGACGUCAGCUGUCGGAGCCCUGCCACUCGUUCCCCUCCCCACCGUCGAUGUCUCGGGACGGAAGGCCCAUGUACCACAGACAGAUGUCUGAGCCCAACAUCCUGUUCCCCCCACAAGGCUUCAAGCAGGAGUACCCCGACCCCUUGUUUGAGCACCCUGCCAUGGUCGGGGCGCCCAUUCCCCCCACGUACCCCUCCUCCAUGAUGAUCAAACAGGAGCCCAGGGAUUUCACCUAUGACUCAGCAGAAGUGCCUAGCUGCCAUUCUGUCUACCUGAGGCAAGACGGCUAUCUGGCUCACAGCAGCAGGACUGAAGGCUGCAUGUUCGAUAAAGUCGCGAGACAUUUCUACGACGACACCUGCGUGGUCCCCGAAAAGGUUGAAGGUGACAUAAAGCAGGAGUCAGGUCUGUACCGUGAAGGUCCAACCUACCAGCGCCGAGGCUCACUGCAGCUCUGGCAGUUCCUGGUGGCUCUCCUGGACGACCCGUCCAACUCUCACUUUAUCGCCUGGACUGGCCGGGGUAUGGAGUUCAAACUCAUCGAGCCUGAGGAGGUUGCACGUCGAUGGGGAAUCCAGAAGAAUCGACCAGCUAUGAACUACGACAAACUCAGCCGAUCGUUACGCUAUUACUACGAAAAAGGCAUUAUGCAGAAGGUGGCAGGGGAGAGAUACGUGUACAAAUUUGUGUGCGACCCCGAGGCUCUGUUCUCCAUGGCCUUCCCUGACAAUCAGCGGCCCGUGCUGAAGACGGACAUGGAGCGGCAGAUCAACGAGGAGGACACAGUGCCGCUGUCACACUUUGACGAGAACAUGGCCUACGUACAGGAGGCGGGGCCCUACUGCAACCCGCCACACCCGUACAGCGAGGGCUACGUUUAUUAACGCCCCAAGACGCCGAACUGCAAUGUUCUUCACAGUCACUACGAACAGGGGGGAGACUGUCAUUCAGAGGACCCCGACUCACCCUCGCCCACAAACUCCACCUUUUUUCUUCACGUUUGUUGACCUCCAAGCCGUACUGCAGGAUAGAGAGUGCACUUUAUGACUUGACUGACAGUGUGUUAACCUGCGGGGGAUAGCUAUGUAAUUGGGUUGUUUCAGAUGUUUAUGUUGAUUUUAAAGGAGGGAUCCCCCCCCCCCCCCGAGCAUGCCGUAUUCGUAUGAAACAGGACUCAAAGGCCAAAAGUCACAUAUGGACAUAUUCCUGCAGUCUAGGCAGGUGAAUCCUCAGAGCUUGAAGGGGAAAAAAAUCGUCCUGAUCUUUUCGACAGUUACAGGAAACAUCCUCAAUUAUUUCUCUGUCCUCUUUUUGUUCAAUUGCCCUUUCAUCUCCAUCAUGUGUACUUUCUUACUCAUUUAAGUGAAUAAUGCAAUGUAUUGUAAUGACAUGCUUUUAAGAUACUUUUAUGGUGAAGUGACAUAAUUAUAUACUUGAAACAGUAAUGUAAUUAUACCAAUCUUAGUUGACAUCUAGAUGCUGCCUUGCUGCCAGUUUUAAACGUGCCCCUUUGCCAAUACUGACUGCCCAACAGUGCAUCAUGAUAUGACUGAGUUUUGGGUUCCUUUUCAAAACUACAUUGACUCUGUAGACCUGUAGGAAUUCGACACGAAACGGUCAGAUGCAAUCAAAUACACCCUAAACAUACUUUAUUAUAUGUAAUGCAAAUGACCUGUAUUUAAAAGACAAAUGAAGCGGAGACUGUACCUUUUAUUUAGUCUUUGUAUUUUUAUGUAUAUCACACCAGCAGUCGACUUAAUGAAUUACAUAUUUAGAACAAACAUUUAAUUCUGAGUUGUCCUACAUUAUAUGACGCAAAUGGUUUUUAUGUUAAUGAUGUGUAGCAGUUCAGCCAUAACGCUAGUCAUCCGAUAUUUCAAGGCCACAAUGUGGGAAAUGUACAAAACAAAUGUUCCUUUUAAAUCCCAUUACACAAUGUUGCUUUCCCCCUUUUAAAAUCAAAGGUAAUGUGAGGAAUGCAUACCGUACAAAGAAGAGAAAAACAUGCUAAAUUAAAUGAUAUCUAACUUUUUCCUUUUUUUUGUAGACAAUUUAUGUAAAUGUUGCAUACAGGAGUUGCAUUUUAAUAAAAAGGUAUCAGAAAUAUUUGGAAUUUUAUAGUAUUAUAAAGAUCCAUGUUAUAAAUGAAAUAGGGUUUCCAUGUGUUAUCAGGUAAAUGCACAUCGGUUGCUGCUUCUAAUUGUAACCGUCAUUUUAUAGUCUAACAAUAAUGGCGUCUGCAAUUCUGCGUUCUAUGUUUAAUUGUUUUGUUUAUUCACAUGUUUUGUUUUAUAUUCAUCAAAAAUGAAAAAAAUGAAGUCACCAUGAUGAAGUUCUGUAAAAAGUUAACAGGUUGGGAUGGGAUUAGCAAUAGCCAAUAAUUCUGUAAUAAAAUAGUGGUGAAAAACUGG